CACCCUAGUAAACUUCCACAGUCAGGCAUUCUCUGGCAUUUCUCCUCCGUCGCUGUGCUGUGAUCCUUCUGGUUUGGUGCUGUCUGAAAGCUUUCCCUUUGCCUCUUUUGCAGCGGAAUCCAGAGCCUGAGCAUGGAAGACACCCUUGGAUUGUUCUCUUUAAAUGUGUGAAUCCGAGUUCUGCUUUCUCUGGGAAUCCUAUAUAUGCAAUAUCAACUAGAAUCUACUCAUGAGGAAGAUGAGCUGCUCAUGGGCUUUUCUCCUACUAGUAUCUCCGAUACUCCUUGCUUCUCAUGGGCUCUCCGAACCAGAAAGUUCCAUUAUUGCUCCAAUGGAGGAGGCAGAGCAGGAAGCACUUUACUUGGUGCUCCAAGACUUGGUCGGCAAAUGGUGGAAUGGCUCAGAGCUUUAUCCAGACCCCUGUGGCUGGACCCAAAUACAGGGAGUUUCAUGCGAUCUGUUCGAUGGAUUGUGGUACGUGACAUCCCUAAACAUUGGCCCCGUUUUUGACAACUCCCUUCGGUGCUCACAGCAAGCACGGUUCAAUCCCUUGCUGUUCCAGCUCAAGCACCUCAGAAGCCUCUCCUUCUUCAAUUGCUUCUCUCGUCAUCAGCAAAUGAUCAUUCCGUCGAGCAACUGGAAGAAGCUAUCUGGGAGCCUUAAGACCCUCGAAUUCCGCUCGAACCGAGGCCUCGUAGGAGGAAUCCCCGACGACAUUGUUCAGCUUAGUGAACUGGAGUCCCUAGUCAUAGUGGAGAACUCCAUGGAUGGAGAGUUGCCGACGGAGCUCGGCAAGUUGGAGCGCCUCAAGAGGCUUAUGCUGUCUGGGAAUCACUUUGUGGGCCGAAUUCCCAAUUCGAUUUGCGUCAGUUCGACCGAGCUCCUGAUCAUGGACCUAAGCAGGAACCUUCUCACAGGUCCUCUCCCUCCUUGUCUGAGGAAUCUCACGUCACUCUUGAAGCUGGAUCUCAGCGACAACCGAUUCGACGGAAGCCUUCCACCAGAGCUCGGACGACUCGAGAAUCUAACGCUACUUGAUCUCAGGAACAACAACUUUUCAGGUGGUUUGGCGCGCUCGCUCAAUGGCAUGGCCUCCAUUCAGGACCUGCUUCUGGCUCACAAUCCAAACUUGGGAGGGAGCCUUGAGGAAACCGAGUGGGGGAAUCUGAGGGAGCUCACCACCUUGGACUUCUCCCACGCAGGCUUAACAGGUGCAAUUCCGGAAGCCAUGGCGGCGUUGAAGAAACUAAGAUACGUUGCACUGGAUGGCAACGGCCUCACCGGGAGUGUCUCGCCGGAGUUUGCGUCAUUGCCAUGCCUCGGUGCUCUCUACCUCAACGGCAACGACUUGACAGGAAGGUUGGAGUUUCCUCGAGAGUUCUAUCAGAGGCUGGGGAAGCGAUUCGCGCCGUGGGGCAAUCCGAAUCUGUGCUACGAUAUCGCUGAAACGGCAGAGAUUAUUCCAUACGGUGUGGCACAGUGCAAGCAAGAUCAUCAAGAGCUAUUUAGCUACGCUGCAAGGGCGAGGACUGAAAUUUGGAUGACAAUUCUAUGUUCUUGGGCUCUCUUUGGGUUGUGGUUAUGUUUCUUUUGAUUAUGCUCGUGUAGCGUUUGCAAACUCUGGAUUGUGCAAACAUUUUUUGUUCAUCAUGCAAUAGUUUGGAACCAUUUGCAAAACUUGAAUCUUAAUGCAUCACAUCGUAUUCAUUAGGGUACUGGCAGGACUCAGGAGUGUGGAGGCUCUGGAUUUGAAGUGACUGAUAGUGAGUGUAUCUUGGAAGGCUCCAGCCUCCAGCGUAUCUGAUGCAGACUUGUGAUGAUUGAAGUGGAAGAUAGGGCAGGGCAUCUGUCUCGGGGUGCAAGCUAAUUGAUAUCGGCGCAAGAUAUAAUUAGGUAAUAAAAUAUUUGUUAAACACUAACUAAAGAUCAAGUUUGCACCAUUUAGUGGUUUGGCAGACAAUGGAGUGUGUUGGAAGGUAAG